AGUUUGGGGCGGAGACCUGUGUUUGUGCAGCUCUUGUGAGCCACUGAUCGCCUCAUCGCUUCACAGAUUCCCGUCAGGAGGCAGUGUAUCUCCGGCGCAGUGUGUGUGGCGAGCUGGAGCUGCGCGGAGCACCUUUGUCUUUCUCUCUGAGCUUCUCUUUAACAGGGCGAAGGGUUCAAGUUGCUGUCACGGAGGGGAACCGCUUUGAAGAAGUGGAUGUGGACGGGUUUAAUGCACUCUCUCUCUUAGCACUACUACAAAGGGAGUGAACGGAGAGAGCUCCGCUGCGUAAACCUACACCGACCAUCGCGCCGCUCGCUCGCUCUCCUACGCGUCAGGAGAGAAAAGCAUGCGGGAAACACAAGGAGCUUAGUCUUUCUUUGGAAAAUGUGGGAUUUGUUGGACUCGUUUUGAAACGGUGCUCUUGUAAGACCACUAGCUGUGUGCGUUUGCGUGCGUUUUUGGACGCGCUGACCGCCGAGAGUCGCCAGAGGAGCCUCGUUGUCCAAUCAGAACCCUUGCUUCUCGUCCAAUCAGAAUCUGCAUUCCGUGGAGCGGAGAAAUGCAGUGUGCGAAGGUUUUUCUCGUGAUGUUCGUGAUCGGCUUUGAAAAGGGGAUUUGUGUCAACUGGAACCCCGUCCCACGCAAAACUGUUAAAUAUAAUGACGUGCAUGACAGUAUGGCGAGGUUUCGUGCCGUCGGGGUGUGGAACUACACUAUGUUGACCCUAGCGGAGCAUGAGAGGGUUUUGUACGUUGGAGCCAGAGAGCACAUCUUUGCCCUGGAUCCCAACGACAUCAGCAGACAGCUCCGACCACAGAUUGAGUGGUCUGCUCCGGUGGAAAAGAAAAGAGAGUGUGCAGCGAAGGGGAAGAAUAACCAGACUGAGUGCUUCAACUACAUUCGCUUCCUGCAGAGCUACAACCACACACACCUGUACACAUGUGGCACGUACGCCUUCCAGCCCAAAUGCACCUAUAUUAAUGCGGAUCAUUUCACUCUGGAUAGCGCCGCCCUGGAGGACGGCAAGGGAAAGUGCCCCUAUGACCCCGCCAAGGGUCACACCGGCCUCAUUGUGGAUAAAGAGUUGUACUCCGCCACCCUCAAUAACUUUCUGGGCACAGAGCCUGUGAUCCUGAGGAACCUGGGACAGCAGCAUUACAGCAUGAAGAGUGAAUACCUGCCGGCGUGGCUCAACGAGCCAAACUUUGUGGGUUCGGUUCUGGUCCGAGAGAGCCGCAGCAGUAAAGAUGGAGACGACGAUAAGAUCUACUUCUUCUUCAGCGAGAGAGCGGUGGAGCUGGACUGUGACAGUGAUGUGACUGUGGCUCGAGUGGCUCGUGUGUGUAAGGGAGACCUGGGUGGCACUCGGACCCUGCAGAAGAAGUGGACCACCUUCCAGAAAGCUCGGCUGAUGUGUUCUGUCCCCGAGCGCCACAUCACCUUCAAUAACCUGCGUGCCGUCUUCACCUUGCCCGGGGCGGACUGGAGGAGCACCAGCUUCUACAGCAUCUUCCACGCGCAGUGGGGGGACGUGGACGUGUCUGCUGUGUGUCAGUACCAGAUCGGAGAGGUGAAGAACGUGUUCGACGGGCCGUUUAAGGAAUACAGGGAGUCGUCUCAGCGAUGGGGGCGAUACACUGGCACUGUCCCCAGCCCUCGACCCGGAGCGUGCAUCACUAACUUUGACAGAGAAAACGGCUACAACAGUUCUCUGCAGCUGCCGGACGCCACGCUAAACUUUGCCAAGAAGCACCCGCUGAUGGAGGACCGCGCAGAAGCUCGCCCCCUGCUGCUCACUAAAGGGGUCAACUUCACCCGACUAGCAGUGGACAGAGUGAGCUCGCUGGACCAGAGGUCCUACAACAUGCUCUUCAUCGGCACAGCGGACGGAUGGCUCCAGCGUGUGCUGAUUCUGGGAUCAGAAGCUCAUGUGAUAGAAGAGAUCCAGCUGUUUGAUCGACAGCAGCCCGUGGACAGCCUCACCAUCUCACACAGCAAAAAGUAUUUGUACAUUGGCUCCCGCUCGGAGGUUCUUCAGCUGCCCUUGGCAAACUGCAGCCGGUACCAUUCCCAGCCAGACUGCCUUCUGUCCCGAGAUCCAUACUGCGCCUGGGACAGCGAGGGGCGCGCCUGUGUCCGCAUCGACCUCCACCGGGGCUCCACAUCCACACUCUCGCAGGACCUCAUGCUGGAGAGAUUCAGCCGAGGAAAAGCCAAGUUUGAGAAGCCUUUCUCCAUCCCCAGUCCUGAUCAUUCUAGGUUGCGAAAUGUGACUGUGGUUGUUGGGUCGGAUCUGGUUUUGCCCUGCCAUCUGGUUUCCAACUUAGCCCAGCCUUUCUGGGAGCUCAACGAACGUGAGCUUGCCUUGGUGGAAGGUGAGGCCCCGGGGCCCCGAUUCGACCGGGCCCUCCGCGCUCUCGUCAUUCCCCAAGCCGGGUCCCUUCAAGCGGGCCGCUACAUCUGCUACUCGGAGGAGCAAGGCGUGAAGUUCCAGACAGAAAGGUACCAGGUUGCGGUGGUAGCCAGCGCACCGGUCUUCAUGGAGGCGCGCGCUCCGGAUGGCAGCAUGAGUUUGUUCUGGGUCCUGGUGAUCACUUUGGGUGCUGCUUGUCUGUUGCUGCUCAUUGCAUCUUUGUAUCUUCGUAGACGAUUGAAGUUGGCGCUGGGAAAAGGUGCAGAAAUGAAGCCACUGGAGAGCACUUUGGUGUACCCCAUUACGAUGCCCAAAGAGCCUCCAAGUCGGCCAUCAUUUGUGCCGAGCAAGAUGCCAAACGAUGAAGAUCGCUUUUGGGAAACGGGGGCGAAUUAUUACUACUCCGACGGCUCCCUAAAAAUCGUGCCUGGGCAUGCAUUGUGCUCCACCGGAAGCUCGGCAUCGCCGAGUGCAAUUCCCGGUCAGCCUAUUCACUCUCCAAGCCGAUUGAGCCUCACCAACAUCCGGAGCUCAAGCGCCAACGGAUACAUCCGGCUCAAUCUGAGCACGGCCGGAGAGGAGCGAUCCGGCAUGGGAGUGGGAAUGGGAAUCGGAAUGGGCGGCCGAGAUAGCGACUACUCCAGUCCAUUCAAAGAAGAGCUCCGGAAAACUCUGCAGCAGAGGAGCGUGCUUCCCGACGCCAAUCCCGAGGAGUCUUCUGUGUAAACCCCGCAGGAAAACGACAGAAAACCUCACCUACCUCCCUCCCGCUUUGGGAACUCUCUUCAUCCGCAAACUCUUUCUUCUCUGUCAGCACUUCCAUCUCACGAGGCCAUCGUGCUUCACGACGUUCCCUUGGAUUAUCAACACUCAACCAAGCUUUUGUAGAUGUCUGUAUUUAAAGGACCAGAGCAUGGCCUCGUGUUGAUCUUGGCUGAACGCAGGUACCAGAUGUAGUUGUCAGUCCAAUCUGACAACAGAUCCCAAUCAUCUGGCAAGCUGCAAGAGGAUGGAGAGUUUAUUUCGAGGUCUUGAGGUCGCUUGCCUCCGACAUGUUUUUUGCACCCUUUGAGAGAAGAGACGAGGACAUGCAUAAACUUAAAUCAAAGCUUGAUGACAAUCACGCUCGAGGAGAGUAGAAAUUAUUAAAGACGAGAGAGUGAGCUGUAAAACCGAAACCAGACUUGAAUAAUGAACAAAUGCUUUGCCUUUAUUUCUUCACAGCUCAGUGACUUUUUUAAACAUUGUCUUUUUUCUGAGACUUGCAGCACUAAUGUAUAGUGAGGUUUUUCCAUGUCUGUUUAUUGCAAGGAUUUCUUCUUCUUCUUCUUUUACGAUUGAUAGUCUCAUCUGUAAAUGUGAAAGGAGUACGAGUGCUAGUAGCAUGCAACAGAAUGUUGUGUUGGAUGCGACAGCAAGUGCAUUAUUAUAGAUAUUUGGCUUGAACUGCCAAAUGAAGUACAACCCCAGGGUUUGCCUACAUGAGAAAGCAGGUCAAUGGAGCCACAUGAUGGAGUAAAGAUGGUUUAGAAGACUCCGCUCGUGUUAUGAAGCCGAACUGUUCUGCAUGAAAGGGAUUCUUUACUGACUACAAGGAGCUGGACUUUCUGAAGAAGUCCAGAAUGAAUGCUACGGCUGAUCAGACACAGUGUGGGCUUUGCAACUCUUAAAGACUAAACACAAAAACGGAAGGACGUUUGAUUCCGUUGACUCUGAUUGUGAAGACAAAAGAUUUUUGGGGUUUUUUUCAUAACCCUUCGGGUGGAGAGGCACUACGAUGCUCAUCACGGAUCCAUACUUUGCUGCAUGAUGUUCUGCUAAAUAUAUCGUAUCAGAUUCAACAACAGACCAAUAGUCUCGUAUAUUUCAAGAAAGGAAGAAAAACAACCAGUUUUUGUACCCGUGCCUCUUCACCUCAGGUGAAGCCAAAGCAGACUGCACACAUGUUUCUUCUGUUUUACAUUUCUUUUUAUUCUCUAUUUUAUGUUCUUGAAUGUGUCCAUUGCACAGAGCUCAAGUGUUGUCUGAAAUCUUUGUUACUCUUGUUUUGGUGGAAUACUAUUCUUUGUGGCAUGAGAGCUUUAUGAUUUUCUCAAGCGGCUUUCCAUUCUGUCAUUGGCUCUUUACUAGUCUACGAUCUACUGCAUACGAGGGAAGUUUACACCUGUCAGAAAAGAUCUUUGUGUUAAAAUAGCCUCAAGAGAUGUCAGAUUAACAAGGACCCAGUCCUUUCUGCCAGGACUUCUCAGGGUGGGCUUCUAACUUAAUUUCACUGUUUGCUGUCUAAUGACUUAAAGUCAGAUAUAAUUUCACUAGAAGUGUUGCAUAUGCUUGUCUGCAUCAUGCAUGGCUUGACCAGUGUUUACUGCUUGAUUAGAAACACAAAAAUAAAAUACGGUCACUGCAGUUCAUUUUAACUCAUAUGGCUUUAAACCUGCUGUUGCUUUGUGAGUUUUUGUAUUACGGAAAUCUCUUUUCUUGCAAUCCAAGAUAACUUAAAAGAAAUUGCUGUUAUUUUUUCUUCUUCUUCUUUUUUUUUGGUAACUAAUUAACUUAUUUUGCUUGUACAAAAAGUUGAUAUUUAUUACCAUUGUACAUAUGCCCUUAUUUUUUAUAAAUGUGUAUAACAACAGAAAAUAAAAGCAGAGGUCAGUUCACAGCGA